AUGGUUAUCCCAUCUUUUAAUUUUAAUUUAACCACCAUUUCCAUUCUUAUUCUCUUUAACUUUACUAUAAAGUCUUCUUGCUCUUAUAUCGAUGCCACUACGUAUCUGGAACCUUAUCAACAGUUUUGUUUAUCUGAAGUUGUAGGAAAAGAUAUGUUUGUUCACUUGACAUUUGGUAUUUUAGACCUUAAACCAGACCAGUUCUACUCAGCCUACGUGAUCGAGGAGGGCUCAGAUCAAUAUAUUUUCCGUGAAUCUGCUAUUAGAAACGACGUCUCACUUUCAUUUACUUCAGUUGAAGGUCCUUCAAUUACUUUAUGCGUCAACGGACCUCAAUCUGGUACAAAUUUUAACUUUUCGCUAAAGUUCGGAGCCGACGCAAGGGACUAUUCAAUUAUCGCAAAGAGUUCCCACUUGGAUCCUGUGGAUAUUAGGGUUCAAAACGUUCUCGAUGAGCUUUCUGCCUUUCACAAGGCUCAAAUUAUCGGCGCUUCAUCCAUUGACAGAAUCAGUGAAAAGGCUAUUAAAACUUACCAUUUGUUAGCACGUUUUGCAAUCGCCAAUAGCGUUUUCGUCAUUUUCUCAACUCUUUGUUAUAUUUUUUACUUUAGAAACUUCUUCAAAUCCAAAAAAUUAAUCUAA